GAUAAUUUUUACAUGGCUUGCGUCUCUUUUAUUAACUACGGAAACUCGACAACACGCGAAAUGAGUAGCCAAAUACCACCAAUAGAAUUUAUGACGGAAAUUUUGAAUGGGAUUCUGGCCACAAAUCAACCUCCCACCCUAAUAAAUUGGGAUAGCAUUCCACUACCAGAGUUGCUUCUCUUUGUGGGAAAAGUAACGACUAAAGCUGGCAUCGACUAUAAUACGGCUAUGGUGGCAUUGGUCCUAUUGUCAAGGCUAAAGAGUUUGUUGCCGAAAAAUGCCCGUGGAGAAUAUGGCACCUGUCACAGACUCUUUUUGUCAGCCAUUCUCGUGGCCUCCAAGAACUCGACGCAAAAAAACGGACUCUAUUUCAGUCCUCCAUCAUCCGUAGAAGAUUUACCUUUUACGAGGGAUGAGAAAUUUGACGAUGUCAUUUCACAAACUACAUGGGACACUACGAAUUGCAAUUUAGCCAAGAUCUCCGGUAUCUUUACCGUUCAAGAGGUUAACGAAAUGGAAAAGGAUUUCCGUAAGCUUCUUGGCAAACAUAUUUUCGUCGACGAAAAAGACGUGAAGGAUUUCAUAGAAAGUAACAAAUACGCACUAGGAUAUUAUUAA